GCAAAGUGGCCUACUAACGCUCCGCAAUUCAUUCUUCAGUCCUCCCAAUUCGCUCAAGAAAAAACGUGUGGAGUCAGAAAAGGAAGUAUACACUACAAGCGAAAACCUGCAAACUCAUUAAAAAGAAAAUUAAAUUAUUAUUAUAUAUAUAUAAUAUAUUUGUGCAGCAAUAAUUUCAGUUGGUUACCAUUCAGACACACCCCCUCUCUCUCUCUAUAUAUGCACACAGGUUCUUCGUGUUGGACCCCUUGUCCCGUUCUUAGAUCUCCACAAAAUUUCCCUCCCUUUUCACAAGAAUUAGAUAAGCUAACAGAAUUUCCAUAGGUACUAUGGGGACUGUUGUUGAUGCAGCAAUCAAGGUUGCAAAUGGAAGUGCACACACCAACAAGAAGGUUACUGUUGUUUUUGUUCUAGGUGGCCCAGGCAGUGGUAAGGGCACUCAGUGUUCAAAUAUUGUUGAACAUUUUGGUUAUACUCAUCUCAGUGCGGGUGAUCUUCUCCGAGCUGAGAUAAAAUCUGGUUCUGAAAACGGGACAAUGAUUCAGAACAUGAUUAAGGAAGGAAAAAUUGUACCUUCUGAGGUAACAAUUAAGCUUCUCCAACGAGCAAUACAGGAAAAUGGGAAUGACAAGUUUCUUAUUGAUGGUUUUCCUCGUAAUGAGGAGAACCGUGCGGCAUUUGAAUCUGUAACUGGCAUUGAGCCAGAAUUUGUACUAUUCUUUGAUUGUCCAGAGGAGGAAAUGGAGAAGCGUCUGUUGAGUAGGAACCAGGGAAGAGAAGAUGAUAAUAUUGAGACAAUAAGGAAGAGAUUUAAGGUUUACAUGGAAUCAAGUCUCCCGGUGAUUGACUACUACAAAGCUAAAGGGAAGGUCCGAAAGAUUGAUGCUGCAAGACCAAUUGAAGAAGUUUUUAAGGCAGUCAAAGCAGUUUUCACCCCAGAGAGUGAAAAGGUUGCUGCUUAAAGAUGCUACACGGUGCAUCAUAUUGCAUCAAAUCUCAUUGUAGGUGGUUCUGAAAUAUAUGGCUUCAGGAAUUUGAUUUGCAUAAUCAGUGGAUUUCUUCACCUAGAGGGAAUACAGUUCACUAUUGUCUUGAUUAUUUUAAGAACCAUUAAAGUACAAUUUAAAGAGGCUACUGCCUCUAUAUUGUUACUUAAAUCUACAGGUUUGAUGAGGUUAUAGCCUUUAAAUGGUUGUUGAUUGAAAGACUGAAUUCUCUUUAUAAGAUUCAUAAUCUCACAGUGACAA